AUGAGCACCAACACGGGCAAUGGUGGGAGGAUAGACCUCUAUGUCGACUGCAACUCCCCAUGGUCCUACUUCGCCUAUCUGUAUCUUCGACGCAACCGCCCCGCCCUCUCCCAGCAUAACAUCUCAGUGGAAAUCCAUCCCAUCUUCCUCGGAGGCAUCAAUGUCGGAUCGGGAAAUAAACCCCCCUGGACUCUCCCUGCCAAAGCCCGUCUGAGCAAACUCGAACUUCCACGUGGAAUGCAGUACUUCGGUCUCCCGCCGAAUGCCAUGAAAACUCCGCCUUUCUUUCCCAUUAUGAGUAUAUUACCCAUGCGCGCCAUGCUGGUGGCCAAGGACCAGUGCGAGUAUGACAGGUAUGAAGACGCUUUUGGGGGGCUCUGGGAGGCUUUGUGGGGUAUUGGGGGGGAGAAUCGAGAUGUGAGUCGUGUGGAUGUUCUGGCGGAAGUGCUGAGAAAGUAUUUUGGAGAGGGCGAGGUGGAGUUGAUUAUGAAAGGAGCGGUGGAUGCCAAGUAUAAGAAGUUGUUGGUCGAUGAGACGGCGAGAUUGGUGGACCAGGGGGCUUUUGGUGCGCCUUGGUUGCUUGUGACGAAUGCGGACGGGAGAGAGGAGAGCUUCUUUGGCAGUGAUCGGUGGCACUUCAUUUAUCAGUUCCUGGGAGUACCGUUCCAGGACAUCACGAUCUUGCCGCCGCCAGGUAAAGAUGGAGCAAAGCUCUGAUCUCUAUGGUCAUCAGCUAGCGAUGAUGAAGAUCUAGGUGGUGCAACCGCACAGCAGGCCUAAUGAACUACAUGCUGACGCUUUUCCACUGAUGCAGACUGACUGACAGAUUGAUUGGUAGAUAUAACAUAUCAUUACUUGACUAGUUCGGUAGUGAUACAGUUCCCUUGCUCAUCGCUGUGCACGCGCUAAUGCUUUAUCGUGUUGUCAUUCCUCCCCUGAAGUCUUUUCACAUCCUCUCUAAAUCACAAAAUUUCCUUAAUUUCCUUACUGCAAGAAGCUCGGUGCAAGCUUGUGGCCCAUAAUCUUGUCAAUCAGCUUCCGGUGCUUCGCUUCCGAGUCCUCGGGAAAUCCAGAAGCUCUGCCAUCCUGGCUGACGCGGUGCACAUCAUAGGCACCUCUCGAUGUGCUUCGGCUCCUGCUCGAUGAGCUAGAAGGAGACAGGUAGGUGUCACGGUCAUAUGCACUCAGUGUGUUUCCGCUUUCUUUAGAACCCUUGGAGUCGACUGGAGUGGAAGUGUAGGAUGGUUCAUCGUCUGCGCCAGAUGAUGCUGCUCUUGACUCGCCGGACGACCAUUCUGGGUAUGUGUUGGCUUGAGACGGAGUUACGUCUUGCGAAGGGAUGUUAUUGUUGUUGUUGUUGCUGGUCUUGUGGAUGGGGCCUGAGAGCUGGGGCAUGUGAACGGAGUGCGACGCACUGUUCAUAUUGUUGUCGGAGAUGCUCAUGUUGGUUGCGUGUUAUUGAUAGUGGAGUAGUCGUGCUGUGGGAUGUUGGUUCUCUUGAUUGAAUAUGUCUUUCUGCUCUUGGGAUGCUCCUCCUGCUCAGGAACACAAGCAGGUCUAUAUACCCGCCGACCAUGACACAGACCCAUGAGGCAAGUCUUGGGACAUACUCCUAUUCCAAGACGUCGACAUCAUCCUGGCCGCAGAAAUUGCGAAUAUUCAGCCAAACGCCAUGGCGACUCUUAUCUCAACCGCCUUGCGUCACGCCAAUACCAUUUCGCCAAGAGAAGCACCGGAGUAUGGCUGUCCAAGAGGGAUCGUAGCCUUGGCAGACCCUUGCGAGCGGCGAACCACGACAUCAUCGUGUCUUGUCCGCGGACUGAUCCACGUGCGAUUGUGCACUCGAUUCCAGAGUAGGCCCGAGUACCUGGUUGCCUGGAUGUGAGAGUUGAGGGCAGAGCUAGAACCUGUGGGCGCGUUGUGCUUGGCGCAUUAGUCCAUCAUCUGUACCAGGUAUAGGAGGUACUGUGGACUUUAUCGCUGGGUGGGCGCGCAGGCUUCGAGCACCAUCACACCUGGAAAAAGUAGCAGAGUAUUGUCUUGUGAUUGUUGGAAACCAGUCCUGCUACACACGCAUAUUGUACACGGAAAGAGAAGCAGUAAUCGGAACGGAGGUAACCUUUGGCCCGGCGUCCACCAGUUCUGUCGCCAGGAUGGCCCAGGUCGCUUCUGUGUGGCAUCAAACUACCUUACUACGCAACAUGCGCGGAAUGUUGUCGGCGACAGGGAGUCGCAUCUGUAGAUAUCGUCUGUAGACUCACUAGACAUGUGCCUCUGCCACAAACUCCAAGAGUUGACGACACGUCGUCGAGGAUGCACGCAGCGCGUCGAACUCCACGUGCAACUGCGCCAACCACAUCAGUCGCGGAUCAUCCUCCUCCAAGCCUCGAGCGCAGAAUGAUCAUAAGAGCCCUGAGCCGGCGCUCUCCCCUCUAAGAUUGCCGCCAGUCCGCUCAGUGUAUGCUCGUAAGCUGCAAUAAGACGCCGAGCCUCCUCUGCUUGAGGCAUCUCCUCCCCAAGCAUCUUGUUGGCUAAGAACACGCCGUGCAAGAUAGGUACGGCAUGUUGAAAUUCCGAAUGCGGACCUUGCUCUCUCAAUACCAGCUUUGUUUCCAAUACAGAAGCAUCGAGCUGUUCCUCGCCAAUCGAACAUAGCAGGCGAUCCGCGUAUCUGGCAACCGUCUCGUUUUCAUCAACACCUUGGUUGUGUUUAUAUGCGUAGACAGAGACGAGUUCGAGCUGUACUCCCAAAAUGAACGGAUCCAUCCUCGGAUCUCCCUCCACGAUAUUUCUUCCUGCUCCAUGUUGCUCAGUCUCCAGCAACUGCGCAAUGCGUUGCAACAUCUCCAGCGCUCGUAUGACAUGCUCCUUCUCCCAUCCACUCCUUUGCGCCGUAUCUCUCACACCCAUCACCAACGUCUUCAACACCAAACCGCUCUUCAAAGACAUGCUUGUCUUAUCAGCGUGUUGCAGCAUCUUCAGCACCUGCGAAAUCUGUCCUUGACGGACCGCUUUGCGGACGAUCUUAUCCUGUACUUUCUCCUCUAACGGCGCUUUGUGGACUUCUUUGAGCGCUUGUAGCAGCUUCGCAACAUUCUCCCAAUCUCUGCCAUCUUUGCUUUGGAAGAUUUGUUCCAGCGCCGCUUUCACUAAUUUCAUCCUCGCAGGCCGCUCAGUGUGACGGUCGAACCAUUGUAGUUUGAUUUCUUGACCUCCCAAUUCGAUGGUGGUGGGGUUCUCUUUCAGGUAGUCUUUCUUGUGGGGGGAAAAGAUGAGCUGCUGCUCGCGUCUGGUGAGAAAGGCGGGGACGAGAUGUUUAUCGCGGUAGGCGGCGAGAGUGUCGUUGAGGGUUUUA